UGUAUCUCUAUUAGAGAUUAGUGGACAGGGGCUCCCUCGCUGUUGUUUCAGUAAUAAUUAUGUGCCUUUUGUAGGGUUGAUGCAGAGAGUGAGGGAGACCGUUGCGGGUCAGGGAGAAGGGAGGAGGAGGGGGGCAGGAGGAGGGGGAGGGAGGAGAGGACAGCCCAGUUUGACGAGGGGGACCAACAACCCCAACCUCCGGUCAAGGAAAGUCUCAAGCAAACGGUCUUCAUUCCGAAAGUAAUUGGUCUCGGUAAGGACACAAUGACGAAGAGGUAUUGACAAACGGGAUAGGAACCGCGUCCAGUUUGAAUCCGGGCGGUCCCGUAGAAAGUGGGAUGGCGGGGAAGGGGGAAGUUCUGUCUGUAAUGGGGGAAGGGGCGAGAGCGAGUUUCUCCCGGCAGGAACUCAGAACGUGGAGGAGGGGAUGGAGGGAGAUAGGACCAUUCUGACGCGACAAGUUGAGGAGAAGCCUCAGGACGCAGCUGAGGAACCAUGAUGAUGCUCUGGCCGUUUGUACCCAAUGGAAGAUUCAACAAGUUCGAACAUUGAAUCGGGAGGGGUCGUCUCAAAAACGGUCUACAAGGGUCUGGAAAAGGAGAACGGUGGGGCAGGGGAUUGGUGUGGCGAACUUAAGAAACACGAUACAAACCAGGCGGAGCAGGCGCGGUUGGUUCAAAGAGGAGGUGGCCAUCCUGACAACACCCUCCAACAACCCAACAUCCUCCGUCUCUACGAUUCCUGGGAGAUUGGCCGGUAAAGUGGUAGGAGAGAGGUUCCGAGAGAAGAGAGAGAGAAGUCCUCUCAGUCUCAUUACUACUGAACUCAUGACCGUCGACCAUCAAAACUUACAUGCGGAGGUUUCGGCCAAAGCCAAAGGUCAUUCGCAGCUGGGGUCGGCAGAUCCUCCGCGGACUCCACUUCCUCCACACCCGGACUCCGCCCAUCAUCCACCGAGACCUCAAGUGUGACAACAUUUUCAUCAACGGGACGACGGGAUUGGUCAAGAUUGGUGACUUGGGCCUCGCCACUCUCAAGAUAUCGGACGUCAAAACAGUCAUAGGGACACCUGAAUUUAUGGCCCCCGAGAUGUACGAGGAGAACUACGACGAAUCGGUCGACGUGUAUGCGUUUGGCAUGUGUCUACUGGAGAUGGUCACUCUGGAGUACCCCUACUAUGAGUGCAAGAACCCGGCACAGAUUUACAAGAAAGUCACUUCUGGCACCCCUCCCCUCUCUCUGGAGAAGGUGAAAGAUCUCGAUAUACGCAACAUGAUAAUCAACUGUACCUGUGUGGACAAAGGACUGCGGUUCAUGGUGAAGGACUUACUGCAGCACGCGUUCUUUGCCGAGGACGGAAUGAACGUUGACGUGACUCAAUCAGAGGAGUCCCCCGACAAAUUGACCAUUCGGAUGAUGGUCCAUGGGGAGGGAAAGAAGAAGAACGGAGAGGAAGCCAUAGAGUUUCCCUACGACCUGAAGACAGACAUUGUGGAGGAGGUGGUGGGGGAGAUGGUGAAGAGUGGAGUCCUGCGCAGCGAGCACCAGAAGAUGGCUCUGAGGACCAUCAAGGAAACCAUGGAGACGGAGCUACACAAACGAAACAAGGAGAGAGACAAGGACAGGCAGGAGCGACUCCAGACCCAGCAGUUGUCGGCCGUGCCCUCUGAACCUCUGUUGGAAGGAGACUCGGUCACUGCCACCUCAUCAAGCAAGACCUCUAGACAGCCGUCCAACUCGGAACUGGUAGGUCAGACCACUGACACAAAGGAGCGGGCCCACACCCCGGCCCCGGCAACAGCUCCCUCCACCGCAGAGACCAGGAAACCACUCGAGUCAAUUGCCACGGUCAUCGCUGCAGGGAACAAGUCAAACUUGGAGACUGUGGCGGCAUCUUCCCCAACUGGUGUCCCUCCCUCCACCUCUUCCUCUUCGCUGCUUCCUUCUCCUACACCAUCUACUACCUCUGCUUUGGUCCCCACUGCCGAGCAAACUCUGAGCGGCCCCCACCAUCCGAAUGAAGGGGGCCCAAUUUCUGUCGUGGGGGGUCAAAACGACAACGCCAAUUGUACUGCUGGGUCGGAGAAAGUCGACGUCUCGAAAGAUUCUCACCUGAUCAGAGAGAGUGUGAAGUUCUCUAGUGUAGCAUCAGAGGCAACAGUUCUCGAAUCUUCUUCGUCUUCUUCACUCUCCAAUGACCCAAUAACAACGUCUACCGCAGUGUUGGACGAGGUGGGUGGGGUCACAUCUUUGCCUCCCACGGCAACGGAACAAGACCAACAGCCCGCAUUGUCGGGGACCGAGCAAACGAACCCUCAAACUGGGGGGCAGGGGGGCGGUGUCGUCGUCGGGAAAUUGUCGUCGGAGGAGACUGGACACCACGGCCCGGUGGGCGGGGCUGGGGGCGGAGUUAACGGAGGGAAGAAGAAACCGGGGAGGGGGAAGGGGAAGAUGACCUUGAGUCUGGUGGAAGUUACCCCCGACCACGUGGUAAAGUGUGUCUUGGUCACCAAGAACGACGUGAGGAUAAACUUUCAGUUCAGCCGAAAGUUUGAUGAGACGAAGGCCAUCUUCAAGAAACUGGUACACGCUGGUCAUCUGAAGGCGGUGGAGGAAGAGAACUUUGUCCAGCAGGCAGAGAAGAUUGUUCUCUCCUCCAAGAACAAAACUGCCGGCGGCGGUCCUGCUACCACCGAACAACCACAGGAGACCAAACUAGACAAAACAGAGCCACCGGUGACGACAGGCGAAACCACUUCCGCCAAAUCUGCUGGUCAGCUGACACCCCGACUGGCACCCAGGGGGUCUCACCAGGCGAAAUCCUCCUCCCCCUUGUCCAACUCCGUCACAGACACCUCUGCGAGCUCCUCUCAGAGGAGUGAUAGUGGAGUUAGCGGUGGUACAUCGCGACCUCUGGCAAAGGUCGUUAACGAAGUCACGGGUGAAGUUGUGGCAGUCGUCGGUAGCGAAUCCGCUGCAAUAUCAUCCCGGAGUGAUUCGGACCGAGAGAGGGAGAGACCGGGAAGAGUCCCCGAGGUUGCGUUGUCACAGCAACGACCUUUGACCCGUGACGUUGCCACGGGGAUGUCGCCGGCGACAAACUCGUCAUCGGUGGUGUCUCUGGGGUCUCAGAGCAGCGGAGGGGACGAGGCGGGGGGAGGGAGGAAAGUAGAAUCACCUCCUUCUCUCUCCACACAGACCUCAGACGAGGUACGUGUAUACGAAAUUCGCACUUGUUAAAUUAAUUUUUGCUGAAUCUAAAGUGUUUAGGAACUUUGGAAACUUAAUUGCUUUCUUUAACUGGGCCCUGUUGUUUUGUUUUUCUAAAUUUAUGUAGCCCUUAUGGUGCUGACACAUCCAUCUAAAUGUGGGAAAUAGGCAGGAUAUGUAUGCCGGUCUGUUUAGCUUAUUUCUAUCCUCAGAGUGUGAGUAGUGGUGGCCAGGCCUCGACUCCAGCUCCUGUCCCCCUGAGCCUCGUCCAGAGUGCCCCUGUCAAGACCACCUCUCUACCAUCAGGACCUCCCGUCCCUCCCCCCACCACUGCCUCUUCGACUGCUGCUACUGGGUUUGAGGUGUGCUCCCUGUCGGAGCCAGUCUGCCUCGUCACGCAGGAGUCUUCAUCUUCCACUACCACCGUCCACACACCAUCAACACAACGACGAUUUGUGGUGGCAGACGUCGCCGAGGAGCAAGAUUCCCCUGAUGAGUUAUCAACGCAGGGGUCGACCGAGAGUUUACCCCAGUGUGAGGCUCACUUGCAGCAACCUGGGGGAGCUCUUGAGCAUCCCGUGACGCAAGUGGAGACUUCGACGACAGUUUCCCACCAUCGCUCAGUUGGGGAUUCUUCCGGAAACAGUGUUGAAGUGAUUGUUGUCUCGUCCCUGGCUGCUCCGGAAACGAGUCGGGAGGACCUCGCGACGCCGAGACCGCCCCUCUUGAGCGCUCCGUCUUACUCCUCUGCCCUCGAUUCGUCCAUGGCCGCACGACAGAGGUCCACUUCACUCCCUCACAAACUCUCCUCGGUCCCAUCGUCCCCGUCUGCCGUCUCCACGACAACGACGACAUCAGAGAGAUCGGGUGUGGCCCCGCCCACCAUGCCUGUCAUCCCAGAGAGGUCACUGACCUCAGACUCGGAAGUAUUUACUGCAGAACCUCUGUCUACUACAUCUGGAACAGUCCCUGCCUCCAGUUCAUCACAGUCCAACCAUCACCACACCAACGCCAGUGGCCAACAAGAAGUCCACCAGCCACACCCGAUUGGGAAACCACACCCACCUAGUUGUCAAGACAACGCCCCCUCCCCUCAACCACAGGCUCCGCCCACUACAACCCCACUUGCCGAUAUUAGCCAACACCACUCUGAGGCCUUGUCCAGUGCCUUCAUGUCGUUCAUCUUCUCCAUGAACCAGAUUUUGAAGGAGCCGGCAAUCCAGCCCCUCAUUCAUCACUUAGAGCAUCAUUACAGAGGGGCUCACCCAUCGUAUGACGUCGCCCCUCCCCCUUCACACAAUGCCCCUCACCCCCACGGUGACAAGAAAGAUGAAGAUGCUGAUUUGAAGAGAAAAAUUGAAGAUCUGGAGCAGCAACUGCAGGUGACAAAGCAACAGUUGCAGGUGAGGCAGACAGAGAGGGAACACCGCCAGCGAAAUACCAAUCCCUCCUCGGCCACCAGCCCUGCUACUACAUCAGUCGGAGGAGCAACAACAACAUCGAGUGGGAAGAGAGAAUCGUCCGCCCCGCCCGCCCCAAUGUGGAGAACAGGAGAUGAGAGAGGGAGAGAAGACGGAGAUGGACACCAGGGAACGGCCCAGCGAGAACAGAUGGAGCAGAGAGUGCGAGAGGAACUAUUUAACGAC